GCAGGUGAAGGGCCGGAUGCACAGCCAGAGCCAGAGCAGCCCAAGGCAGGGGGGCCACAGGGAGCGCAGGCAGCACCAGCAACCAGCCCUCCAGCCGCGCUUAGCAGCAUCGCCACAGCAACCAGCAACCAGACGGCAGCAGCCCAGGCAGACGCAAGAGGACGGCUUCCCACCGUCGGCCAAGGACAGGGAAUGACUACGGCAAAUCAGGCCACACUGCCAAUAGGGGAGGUGGAGUGUCACUAGAGGGAAGGGGUGGCACCGCCCACCACACAACGCCAUGCCAACAGGAGAAGAGGCGCUGGGACAGGGGCUGCAGCGUGGCUUGGCCUUGCCCUGCUGCUGACACCGAGCACUUCCCAGGCAGCUGGGCUCUUGUCUGCUGGGUGCACCACCUCAUUCCAGCAUCCCUCACUGCAGCUCUCCCACCAGUGGCCAGGCAGAACGGGCGACGGGGAGAGGAGCUCGUCCUGUGCUCCGUGUCGGGGCCUGCUGCUGCUGGACCAUGGGAUGUCGGCAAAGCUCAGAGGAGAAAGAGGCGGCGCGGCGGUCCCGGAGAAUCGACCGCCACCUGCGCUCAGAGAGCCAGCGGCAGCGCCGCGAGAUCAAGCUGCUCCUGCUGGGCACUAGCAACUCAGGCAAGAGCACCAUUGUCAAGCAGAUGAAGAUCAUCCACAGUGGUGGCUUCAACUUGGAGGCCUGCAAGGAGUACAAGCCCCUCAUCAUCUACAACGCCAUCGACUCGCUGACCCGCAUCAUCCGGGCCCUGGCCGCCCUCAGGAUUGACUUCCACAACCCUGACCGCGCCUAUGAUGCCGUACAGCUUUUUGCGCUGACUGGCCCAGCUGAGAGCAAGGGAGAGAUCACACCUGAGCUGCUGGGCGUCAUGCGGCGGCUGUGGGCCGACUCAGGGGCUCAGGCCUGCUUCGGCCGCUCCAAUGAGUACCACCUGGAGGACAACGCAGCCUACUACCUGAACGACCUGGAGCGUAUCGCUGCACCUGACUACAUCCCCACUGUGGAGGACAUCCUGCGCUCCCGGGACAUGACCACGGGCAUCGUGGAAAACAAGUUCACCUUCAAGGAGCUCACUUUCAAGAUGGUGGACGUGGGUGGGCAGAGGUCAGAGCGCAAAAAGUGGAUCCACUGCUUCGAGGGUGUCACAGCCAUCAUCUUCUGCGUGGAGCUCAGUGGCUAUGACCUGAAGCUCUAUGAGGAUAACCAGACGAGUCGGAUGGCAGAGAGCCUGCGCCUUUUUGACUCCAUCUGCAACAACAACUGGUUCAUCAACACUUCGCUCAUCCUCUUCCUGAACAAGAAGGACCUGCUGGCAGAGAAGAUCCGGCGCAUCCCGCUCACCGUCUGCUUCCCUGAAUACAAGGGCCAGAACACAUAUGAGGAGGCUGCCGUCUACAUCCAGCGGCAGUUUGAGGACCUGAACCGCAACAAGGAGACCAAGGAGAUCUACUCCCACUUCACCUGUGCCACCGACACUAGUAACAUCCAGUUUGUCUUUGAUGCGGUAACAGAUGUCAUCAUUCAGAACAAUCUCAAGUACAUCGGCCUUUGCUGAGGAGUCAGGCCCCGGCUCACUUGCCUGUGGUGAAACCUACAGGGCAUCAUGCCCCACACGUGCUAGAGAGGCCCAACCCGGGCGGCCAGAAAACAGGGGGCCUAAAGAAUGUCCCCUGCCCCUUGGCCUCCACCUCCUUGGCCCCACGUUUCCACAAGCAUAAAUAUAUAUGGAUAGAUUGCUAGGUAGACACACACACACACACGCACACACAUGUACAUGUCUGAAGAUGGCAAAGUCCUCCAAAGCGUCAAGGUCUCAUGAAGUCUUGUGAGGCUGUCAGGUCACUACAAGCCCAUUCUGCCCCUUCACUUUGCCUUCCUGAGUUGGCCCCACUCCACUUGGGGUUUGCGUUGGCCUGCUGGGGAGAGGCGGCAGGGCUGGGACCGGACUGGACCAGCUGUGCUCCCUGUCACCUAGAAGAGGGGCAGCUCACUAGGGACCUGCUGACUGGGAGGGCCAGUGUGAGGUUUGCGCACCUUCCCUGCUGGCCUGCACACACUGCUCUGCACCACGUUCAUUUGGACCCGGGACCUUAGGAGCCAGGUGACAGCACUAACCAGACCUCCAGCCACUCACAGCUCUUUUUAAACAGCUUCUAAAUAUGCAGCAAAAACCAACACAAUAAAAUGAGUGGCACGAUUUAUUUUAAACUAGGCCAGCUGGGAUACCAGUUUUUCUUCUACUAGUCUGAUGUUUUAUAAAUCAAAACCUGGUAUUUCCUUCUCUGACAUCCUUUUUUUGGCCAGGUUUCGUGGUGUUUCGCAGAAAAACAAAAAUACAGAAAAUUUCAAAUGCAGUUGAGUAUUCUUUUUUAAAUGCAGAUUUUCAAAACAUAUUUUUUUUCAGGUGGUCUUUUUUGUGUCUGGCUUGCUGAGUGUAAAAGUUGUUAUCUAGAAGAUUCUGUCCCUCUGCUCCAAAGAAAUUCUGGGGUGAGUGGCAGUCCUGUGCCAGCCUCGCGGGACACAUGUUGUACAUAAGCCUCUGCAGUGUCCUCUUGUUAUUGGUGCGGUUUUCUGCUUUGUUUUUAUUUAAGAAAAUAAACGUGAUGUAUUUAAAGAAGGUUCUUCACCUAGGAGCAAAUGAACAAUAGCUAAAAUGUCUUGGUAUUUAAAGAGUAAAUUAUUUGUGGCUUUACCGAGUGAAGGAAGGGAAGUGAGAGAUGGUGCCCUGGUCCCCCACCCCCCUCCCAUGCCUGAGAUGGGCUGGGAGCGGCUCAGACUCCUGUGAAGGCACAGCUGGUGUGGCCUGAGGGAGGCCUUGCUGGGACCAUUUGGGCCUUCCUGCCCCAGGGCCCAUGGCACCCCUGUGAAGGACCUCUGAGAGCCACGUGUAAAUAGGAACCCUGCAGCGAAGAAGGGAGCCGCCACCAGAGCCCUUGCCAAGUCUCCUCUCUUACCCUUUGUUCUGUGCCCGUGUGUCCAAAGUCAGUAUGCAGGAUCACAGCCAGCGACUUUAAGAGAUGUACAGAGGGCAAGAGAGGAGCUGGUGAUCAUAUGGAAGUCAAAGAUUGUCUACUUUAAGAAAAUAAAAUACCCUGAAUGGAGA